ACACCAGUAGCUCCACCCCCCAACACCACACCACAAGAAGAAGAGGAGGAAGAACUUUCAGCUAGUGCCCUUGAGCCAAACGAGCAAAGCCGAGCAGACCUGGACCAAUCACAGGCCUCGGAAUUUAACUAUCUGUUAUCUGAAAGCGGCCUGUACCCACAAACAGCCAGCAGCAGCUAUGACAGUGAGACGAACACCAAUAAGACACCGCCAAGCACCACAGGCCUCUCUGCAAACACCACAACACCAGGGCCACAUCGUAGACCUAAUCCCAACCAUUCCUUGCAUCAACAGCCCUUGUCAACACCACCCAACCCCAUUGUCGCUGAUCCUGUCCCAUUUAGCUACCUGGAGUCUUCUCUAAGCACCUGGCGACAUGACCCUUUGGCAUCACCUGACUGGGACAGCGCUGGAGUCCCUGGCGCUCUAUGCACGAGGCGCGUCAAGAAAGACCUGAGUACCAUCUUCACCGAACCGCUACCAGGAAUUUUUGCGGUUCCCCAGGACGAUAAUCUCUUCCUGGUUCACUCUCUCAUCGUGGGGCCCUUCGACACCCCAUAUGAAGGGGGAUUCUUUCACUUCGUGGUUCGGUUCGGCCCCAGCUACCCCAUCCACCCCCCCGGGUUCGCCUGCUCACCACUGGGGGGGCCGGGUGAGGUUCAACCCGAAUUUAUACAAGAAUGGAAAAGUCUGUUUAAGCAUCCUUGGACACUAUGGUGCUUUAAAACAUCCAUUAGACAACUGUGUGCUUCUGGAGAUUGGCGAAAGAACAUGGAGGGGCCCAGCUUGGAGUCCUGCAGCCAACCUCUCCAGCGUCCUACUGUCCCUGCAAAGCCUCCUUAAUGAGAAUCCUUACCACAAUGAACCAGGAUUUGAACAGGAACGCAACAUUGGAGACUCAGCUCGCUACAACACCAUCAUAACUCACGAGACACUUAGAGUAGCUGUAGUGGAACAGCUGGAGCGCAUUAUGGAGACCACCACCACCACCACCACCACCUCCAGCAGCGGUAGCAGCAGCAGCACCAGCACCAGCACCACAGGGGGAUACAGUCAGGUGCCGCUGGAGCUAAAGAGGGUCAUUGAGACGUCCUUUUUAGAAUAUUAUGAUCAUUAUGCUGAUGUCUGUACGACUAAUCUGCAUAAGGAUGGCUCGCUCAUGGAGGACCCGUUUGGAGAAAUUCGUGGACGUUUCUCGUACUUGCAGAUACUGAAGAGGUUACGUCGUUUAAAAGGUAAAUUGAAGGCGGCCAUCUUGUCUGAGCCUUCCAGCAAAACACCUCCUUCUUCUGAUGAUGAUGAUUACUUUGCCGAGGAGGAGGAGGAGGAGGAGGAGGAGGAGGAGGAGGAAGACAGUGGCAGUGGUGCUGUUAGUAUUGGUGCAAGUGGUGGUGGUGGUGGUAGUGGUGGUGGUGAUGGUAGUGGUGGUGGUGGUAGUAUUGAGGAGUGAGGAGGAGGAGGAGGAGGAGGAGGAGGAGGAGGUCUAGAUAGGAAGGAAGAAGAGGAGGAGAAGGAAGAGAUGUUAAAAGGAGGAGGAGGAGGAGAAGGAAAAGAAGAGAAGGAAGAUGAGAGGAGGAGGAGGAGGAGGAGGAAAUCAGAGGAAGAAGAUAAAAAAGAAGAGGAGGAGGAAGAGGAGGAAGACUGAGAAAGAUAAGGAAGAGGAGGAGGAGGAGGAGGAGAUAGAAGAAUUAAAAAGACAAAGAGGAGAAGAGGAAGAGGAAGAGGAGGAGGAGGAGGAGGAGAAAUUUUCAUAUAUUAGAGAGAGAGAGAGAGAGAGAGAGAGAAAAUUUCAAUAUCUUUUUAAGUUUAUACUACUACUACUACUACUAUUACUACUACUAUUACUACUACUUGCAUAUAGAUAGUAGUAGUAGUAGUAGUAGUAGUAGUAGUAGUAGUACCCAUUCCACUACUACUACUACUACUACUUAUAUGCACUUCAAAUUGUAAGAGAGAGAGAGAGAGAGAGAGAGAGAGAGAGAGAGAGAGAGAGAGAGAGAGAGAGAGAGAGAGAGAGAGAUUUUUUUGUAUAAUUAAAAUACUGAAUUAAUAUUGAUGACACAGGAGGAGGAGGAGGAGGAGGAGGAAGAAUGAUGAUUGUAAUGAUAUAAGAAGAAGAAGAAGAAGAAGAGGAGGAGUAAGACAACAAUGUAACACACACACAUACACGCACGCACAUACACAAACAAAUAAACAAACAAACAAACAAAAACAUUUAUAUUAUUUGAUUUUAUAAGGCAAGAGAAUAAAAAAAAUA